AAACUGCCAGUCCAGACCACAAGCUCAGAGGCUGAAGCAGGAGGAAGGAAGGACUGGAAGGAAAAAGAGGUUAGAGGGAAAGAGGCUUGGGAAGAAAACAGCAGAAAAGAAAUUGCUCAUUACACUUACAGAGAGGCAAGUAACGGUGGAGAUGAGAACAGAGGGAACCAAGACGAUGAAAGACAAAAAAUACAAAUAGAAUGAAAGAGGAAAAAAAUGUCAAGAAGAACAUCCAUCCGGAGAAAUGAAGAGAAUGAAAGUUUUAAGCUGCAGAGCCGUUCUGUGCUUUUCCGGCACAAAAUUCUGUCGCUGAUUUUAAGACCUUUUGCAUUUGCCAGCCGUUGACAUUAAGAGGCAUGUUUAACGGUGCCAACAGCAUCUCCUUUUCCUUCUCCUCUUCCUCCUCUUCUUCUUCUUCCUCCUCCUCCUCUUUUUUCUCCUCCUCAUUCUUCUCCCAUCAGCAAGAAGACAAACCGAGGACAGUCUUGAAAUACCGAAAUUUCCUCUUUGGGAUUUGCCAGCGCCGCGUUGCGCCAAGACUGUCGGAAUAAAGGACGCUGACUAUUGUAUUAUCGUUAUUUUAUUAAUUGGUCAGUGGAAAGAUUACAGAUGAGGAAAGGGGACGCCUGUCACCCUUCCUGUGCUAAGAUUAAAAAAAAAUGAGGCUGGAUUGCGGGAAGCUCUAAAAUGAAGCAAAAGGAGUAAGAUUUUUAAAGACAGAAAGCCACAGGAGCCCCUACGUAGCGCACUUUUAUUUGUAUUUUUUCAGAUUUUUUUUUUUUUUUUUUUUUUCGUGGUGGUGGGGGAGGUGAUUGGGUAGCUGACUGGCUGCGGGAAGCUACUUCCUUUCCUUUUGGAGAUGAUUGUGCUAUUAUUCUUUGCCUUGCUCUGGAUGGUGGAAGGAGUCUUUUCCCAGCUUCACUACACGGUACAGGAGGAGCAGGAACAUGGCACUUUCGUGGGUAAUAUCGCUGAAGAUCUGGGUCUGGACAUUACAAAACUUUCGGCUCGCGGGUUUCAGACGGUGCCAAACUCAAGGACCCCCUACUUAGACCUCAACCUGGAGACCGGGGUGCUGUACGUGAACGAGAAAAUAGACCGCGAGCAAAUCUGCAAACAGAGCCCCUCCUGUGUCCUGCACCUGGAGGUCUUUCUGGAGAACCCCCUGGAGCUGUUCCAGGUGGAGAUCGAGGUGCUGGACAUUAAUGACAAUCCCCCCUCUUUCCCAGAGCCGGACCUGACGGUGGAAAUCUCUGAAAGCGCCACGCCAGGCACUCGCUUCCCCUUGGAGAGCGCAUUCGACCCAGACGUGGGCACCAACUCCUUGCGCGACUACGAGAUCACCCCCAACAGCUACUUCUCCCUGGACGUGCAAACCCAGGGGGAUGGCAACCGAUUCGCUGAGCUGGUGCUGGAGAAGCCACUGGACCGAGAGCAGCAAGCGGUGCACCGCUACGUGCUGACCGCGGUGGACGGGGGAGGAGGGGGAGGAGUAGGUGAAGGAGGGGGAGGUGGCGGGGGAGCAGGCCUGCCCCCCCAGCAGCAGCGCACCGGCACGGCCCUACUCACCAUCCGAGUGCUGGACUCCAAUGACAAUGUGCCCGCUUUCGACCAACCCGUCUACACUGUGUCCCUACCAGAGAACUCGCCCCCAGGCACUCUCGUGAUCCAGCUCAACGCCACAGACCCGGACGAGGGUCAGAACGGUGAGGUCGUGUACUCCUUCAGCAGCCACAUUUCUCCCCGGGCGCGGGAGCUUUUCGGACUCUCGCCGCGCACUGGCCGACUGGAGGUAAGCGGCGAGUUGGACUAUGAAGAGAGCCCAGUGUACCAAGUGUACGUGCAAGCCAAGGACCUGGGCCCCAACGCCGUGCCUGCGCACUGCAAGGUGCUAGUGCGAGUAUUGGAUGCUAACGACAACGCGCCAGAGAUCAGCUUCAGCACCGUGAAGGAGGCGGUGAGCGAGGGCGCGGCGCCCGGCACUGUGGUGGCCCUUUUCAGCGUGACUGACCGCGACUCAGAGGAGAAUGGGCAGGUGCAGUGCGAGCUACUGGGAGACGUGCCUUUCCGCCUCAAGUCUUCAUUUAAGAAUUACUACACCAUCGUUACCGAAGCCCCUCUGGACCGAGAGGCGGGGGAUUCCUACACCCUGACUGUAGUGGCCCGGGACCGGGGCGAGCCUGCGCUCUCCACCAGUAAGUCGAUCCAGGUACAAGUGUCGGAUGUGAACGACAACGCGCCGCGUUUCAGCCAGCCGGUCUACGACGUGUAUGUGACUGAGAACAACGUGCCUGGCGCCUACAUCUACGCGGUGAGCGCCACCGACCGCGAUGAGGGCGCCAACGCCCAGCUUGCCUACUCUAUCCUCGAGUGCCAGAUCCAGGGCAUGAGCGUCUUCACCUACGUGUCUAUCAACUCUGAGAACGGCUACUUGUACGCCCUGCGCUCCUUCGACUAUGAGCAGCUCAAGGACUUCAGUUUUCAGGUGGAAGCCCGGGAUGCUGGCAGCCCCCAGGCGCUGGCGGGUAACGCCACUGUCAACAUCCUCAUAGUAGAUCAAAAUGACAACGCCCCUGCCAUCGUGGCGCCUCUACCAGGGCGCAACGGGACUCCAGCGCGUGAGGUGCUGCCCCGCUCGGCGGAGCCUGGUUACCUGCUCACCCGCGUGGCCGCCGUGGACGCGGACGAUGGCGAGAACGCCCGGCUCACUUAUAGCAUUGUGCGUGGCAACGAAAUGAACCUCUUUCGCAUGGACUGGCGCACCGGGGAGCUGCGCACAGCGCGCCGAGUCCCGGCCAAGCGCGACCCCCAGCGGCCUUAUGAGCUGGUGAUCGAGGUGCGCGACCAUGGGCAGCCGCCCCUGUCCUCUACCGCCACCCUGGUGGUUCAGCUGGUGGAUGGCGCCGUGGAGCCCCAGGGCGGGGGCGGGAGCGGAGGCGGAGGGUCAGGAGAGCACCAGCGCCCCAGCCGCUCUGGCGGCGGGGAAACCUCGCUAGACCUCACCCUCAUCCUCAUCAUCGCGUUGGGCUCGGUGUCCUUCAUCUUCCUUCUGGCCAUGAUCGUGCUGGCCGUGCGUUGCCAAAAAGAGAAGAAGCUCAACAUCUACACUUGUCUGGCCAGCGAUUGCUGCCUCUGCUGCUGCUGCUGCGGUGGCGGAGGUUCGACCUGCUGUGGCCGCCAAGCCCGGGCGCGCAAGAAGAAACUCAGCAAGUCGGACAUCAUGCUGGUGCAGAGCUCCAAUGUACCCAGUAACCCGGCCCAGGUGCCGGUGGAGGAGUCCGGGGGCUUUGGCUCCCACCACCACAACCAGAAUUACUGCUACCAGGUCUGCCUGACCCCAGAGUCCGCCAAGACCGACUUGAUGUUUCUUAAGCCCUGCAGCCCUUCGCGGAGUACGGACACUGAGCACAACCCCUGCGGGGCCAUAGUCACCGGUUACACCGACCAGCAGCCUGAUAUCAUCUCCAACGGAAGCAUUUUGUCCAACGAGACUAAACACCAGCGAGCAGAGCUCAGCUAUCUAGUUGACAGACCUCGCCGAGUUAACAGUUCUGCAUUUCAGGAAGCCGACAUAGUGAGCUCUAAGGACAGUGGUCAUGGAGACAGUGAACAGGGAGAUAGUGAUCAUGAUGCCACCAACCGUGGCCAAUCAGCUGGUAUGGAUCUGUUCUCCAAUUGCACUGAGGAAUGUAAAGCUCUGGGCCACUCAGAUCGGUGCUGGAUGCCUUCUUUUGUCCCUUCUGAUGGACGCCAGGCUGCUGAUUAUCGCAGCAAUCUGCAUGUACCCGGCAUGGACUCUGUUCCAGACACUGAGGUGUUUGAAACUCCAGAAGCCCAGCCUGGGGCGGAGCGGUCCUUCUCUACCUUUGGCAAAGAGAAGGCCCUUCACAGCACUCUGGAGAGGAAGGAGCUGGACGGACUGCUGUCUAAUACGCGAGCGCCUUACAAACCACCAUAUUUGACACGGAAAAGGAUAUGCUAGUCAAUUCUACAGGACUUACCUGAAGCAGCAUGAUUUGCACAAAGUCGACCAACAAAAGCAUCAACUUUUCAACUUCAUUAUCUUGGCCAUCCAGUUAGUCAUGUGUAACUGAUUUAGAUUUCGGGCGGAGUCAUCAUGGCCAAUUAUAGGACCUAAUUGCUCUCAGCAGGCCUGAGAAAUGAGUUGAAAUGUGCAGAACUGUAGAAACUUUAGAGGCAACUGAUUUUGCCUCCCCGAUCAGUGUGUGCCUGUUUACAGCACUAUCUAUCUUUCUCUCCCCAAAUGUCACUGAGCCCUUUAGAUGUUUAUAUUCACCUCGAGAAGCCAGUCAUAAAGAUAAAGGAAAUUUGUGCAUUAUAAAUGCAAUAUCACUGUUUUAAACUUGACUGUUUUAUAUUAUUUUUGUGUGAUCAAGUGUCCCCCAAACUAUUCCAACUUUACAAGAGAAAUUGUGAUUAUGUUCUUUUCACCUGUGGGUUAUAAAAAAUGUUGUAUUCUGAAGACCCACAAAAUAUCAAAGACAUUCUGUAGUUUAUACACCGUGUUGCAAAGUGUUUACUGUACUAUUUCAAAGCUUCUAAAUAAAUAUAAAAUAUAUAUAUUAUAUUAUAUAAUUUUCCUAAAAUGUGGUACAACUCAGUUGGUUUUUAAAUGGAUGCAUACAGUCCACAUAAUACAAUAAAAUAAAAGGUAAUUCAGGGUCCCAAUGACAAACUUACUAAGAAAAAAUCAUUAAUAGUUUUCUCCCAAUUUUCAUAUCUUACUCAACCCUGUUUUUCCUUGUUAAAAGAAAAUGAUGCUCUAAGCUACAAAAUUUUGUCAAAAACUCAUACUGAAUUUUCAAUGCCAAAGAUGUAGCUAUUGAUAUUAUCAGACAGAGCACUGACUAUAUACUAUCAAACUAUCUAACAAUCUACAUGAGUCUGAUUCUAUUUCUAUGGCUUUGAAUUUAGAAUCACUUAAAGCUUUUAUAAAGAAUCGAUAAAUUCACCAGUAUUUGUUGUUAGAAAAAAAAACUGGGUGUCUGUACAUUUUGUGGUGUAAAAUAUGUAACUGAAGAUUACUAUUUUAAGAAGUCAUCAGUCAUGUAACUCACACAGAAUUUUAUUUUACAUAGUUUUACAUAGUUUUGUGACUUAAUUACACAUGAAUAUAACAUCUAUAACUCUAUAUGAAUAUAUGGAGAUAUAUAAACAUCUGAACUGGUAAGGAAUAACUAAAAUAUGAAAGAUCUCUAAAUUUAGAGAUAGAAACAUGUUACAUUAUUGUUUCAGUAUUCCAUGUGAAAAUUUUAUAGCUUAAAUGUAGUCAGUGUUUGAUUAAUGAAAAAAUUCUUCAUGAGUCAGCCUUCAAAAGUUAAGCUUGCCUUUUACUUUUAUGUCAACAAUAUUAUUAAAUUUAGUAAGAAGCA